CCAGCCCUUCUCCCAAAGGAGCCUAGUGUAUGGCCUAUCACUUCUGAGUCUCUCAUUCACAUGGGAUUCAGGAAGAGACCACGCGACACUGGAUAUGAGCCAGAUCAGGGCACAGGCACAGGCAGUCCUUCAUACAUGCCAGAGAGCAUGCCCGCAAAUGGAGCCUCUUCCUCCGUUGUUCCACGUCCAUUGCCUACUACACUUGAGAAGCUGCCCGCUGCUUUUGGUGAUCUCCGGACAUCGAUUGAUUCACGCUUCCAGCAUUAUGAGGAGCGGUGGACCGCCUUUGAGCAACGUCAGGAGGCUCGCUGGAAGGAAAACCAGGAUCAUCAGCAGCGCAUUGAGACUAGCCUUUUAGAGCAGGGUACACAUAUUGCCCAGAUUUUAGACUACAUGAAGGCGCAGUAUGGAGUUCCUAGCACCACUAGCCAGAAAGGGUACGGUCGCGGGCGAGGAAGAGGACAUGGGCAGUGAGCCAUUCCCUUGCACUAAUAUGUUUCUUCUGUUUUGUUUGUUUGACUCAGGAAUGGUUGGAAAAUCAGUUUGUUUUGAACACACCUUUGGUAAACUAUUUUUAUUUUAAAUUACUCUUAUUUACAUAAGCAUAUUGUUUAUCUUUAAGUGUGAGGACAACUUAGUAUUUGCAUGCAAGUUCUUCCACCAUAACUCUAAUUUCUGAUCACUUUAAAACCUGCGAGGGGCGGUUCUGUUUAAGUGUGAGGAGGAGAGAGUUAUGGUUGAAUCACUAUUUAGGAAUAUAAUUUAUCUCUAUAU